CAUGCAAAAUAAAAAAAGAUGAAAUACGUAGUACACAACACAGAACUGCAAGAAACACCUCACUCAUCCACAGUAAAUCGAAUGGCAUAUGAGCCAGGUGUUUUAGCAUUGGUUCAGGCUGGUGAGGCACUUUUUCAUUGUGAAUGUGCAACAGUAGUGUUUGAUGCAACCACCGUUUUAGACAAACAUGUAAAUGAGUUCCUUAUCAGUACUUAUCCUCCGCAGAGAUGUUAUUCCUUAUCAACCGCUAAACUUGCUGGAGGCACAGGAUUUGACUGUGCCACUCAUAUUGUCAGUGUAAUAAAAGAACUUGCCAAUACAUUUGCAGAGUUUAAAAAUAUGCCAGCAGUAGAAGUUUUAGAUGUUUUCACUCAAAAAAUUAAAAGUUGUCUGUCAGACAGAGCACCUGUUAAUAGUUGUGUGAAAAACAUGCUUUAGGAGGAGAUGGACAUUCAAUUAAUGCAACUGUACUGCAAUGUUCAUCCAUUGGAAACUAUUGCCUUAAAAGCAUUAUUAGCUCUUAAAACAAUAGAUAAUGAGUUGAAUAUAAAACCAGCUAAAGGAACUGAUGGGGUUGCAGUAACAGUCCUCAAAAAUAUUUCUAAGCUAAGGUAUAGUUUUAAAGGCGAUCCUGCAGCAUUCAAAAGCUAUCUUAAAAAAAACAAUGUUGCUCCAGGGCUAUUCCUUAGAUAUGUUGGUAGUAGAUUUCAUGUUUUGUUCCAUAUGGCAGGGAUUGUUGUUACAUACGAAAGACUUAUAAAAACCUUUAUUGAAAACAACACCAAAAAUAAAAUUUGCCAACUCUUACUUCAAGAUAUGAGUAAUGAUAUAACGCUUGUGCAACUGCAAGGGUUGGGCCUGAUAGGAAAAAUAAUAACUGAGCCAUGGAUGAGUCUGGUUUAUAAAAAUGCAACAGGAAAAAGUAAUCUUGAGUUUGGUGACAUUUUCCAGAAAGCAAUAAGGAAAUCAGCUUACUUCAAAAGUAAUCCAGAAUCAAUUCUUUAUACAGAUGUGGAUAUUUUUAGUCAAGUAUUAAGUAUCAAAAAAGAUAAGGUACACCAAUCCCUUCGUGUAAUAAAAAAUAAAAAUAUUUUGGUAAAGAUUUUAUCAGCUUUGAUAAGCUGCACAGAGACAGUUCUCAAAAGACAGAUGGCCAGGUAUUUGACUGGCAAUCUCUCAAAUCCAUCUAAAGAAAUGAUAAAAACCACACUAUCUGCUCCACCUCAUACAAUGGAGGCUGAAAGGAUCUUGGGCAUGCUUGAUUUUUUUUUGCGUCAUGCUCCUAAUGCUACUUUUGGUUUUCUGGAUUCUAAAAUAAAAGCUAGGGUAAACAAAACAUUAACAUGGCUUGAUGAGAAAACAUUGCCAGAACAAGAAGAUCUUAUUCAAUUUGUAAUUCGCAGAGGAGCUUUAAUGUGCCAAGCCUCUAAAAAUUUUAAUAAUCUUUUGUAUGAAGAAAUAGGAAAAAGAUGCGCCAAAGCUAAUUUAAAAAAAGAGCGUCUGGAAAGAAAGUAACUAGAGAAGGAUAUUAAAAGAGCAAUAGCUGAAAAUGCCAAAACCAUAAAUCCUCUUUUUGUUAAUAUUGAUGAAAAACAAAAACGAAUUUUAGGAGUAAUUUUGAAAAAUGGAAACUUGAUAGGGCAGCUCUUAAGCCAUAAAUGGAAGCUAGAUGAUGGUAAUAUACAUUUAUUUUUUGGUAGAAUUGUUGAUCAAAAGGUAGCAACAAAAUAAAAAUCUAUUACAUACACAAUAGGAUAUUGGAAAGUCAAUGAAGAUGAAGCUGAAGAUAUUGACAUAAGCCAGGAAGGAGUUAUAGCAGAUCUAAUACUUAAAGGCUUGGAGUUCAUUUAAAAAUUACUAUAAUAUAUUAGGCAUUAUUAUCUUUUAUUUUGUUUAUGUUGAUUAUUUUGUAUACAUUUUUAUUUAUUCCUUUUCGUUUUUAAAUAUUUUUAUAUUAACCAAGAGCAGACACAGGGUUAUUUUACAUUUCAGAUACUGUACUUGGCAUUGUGAAAACUCUAAGUAUAAGUAUGUUCAAUCAUAUGUCAAAUAAGAAUGAUUUGCUAAAAAAUUGUGGUAAUUAAAACUUAGGAACAAAACUAUCUAAAAAAGAUAGAACCCCCCUGUCUCAAAUGUUAAUUUAAUGAGUAAAUAAGUUUUUAAGUUUAUUAUCCAAAACUAAAUUUAAAUUCACAUUUUUUAAUGCUCAAAGGUUAUGACCAUGUGAAAUAACUUAAAAAAAAUAACUUUAAACAUAUCAAGAAUUAUUGGGUCUGUUGAUGGAUUUAAAUGUAGUAUAAAAUAAUAAGUAAAAGUAUUUUAAUAACUUGGUCCCCUCACAUUUUUAUGUGGGGUACAAACUUUUUGGGGUAUUUUUGUUCCUAGGCUCCAAUCACUUCAAUUUUUUAUACAAUUUUUUUACACAUUCUCAUUAGAUUUAAGCAUGAACAAACUUAAAUUUAGAUUAGUUAUGGUAAUUUUUUUAAUAAAAUGACUAGAAUCGAAUUUGACCCCCUUUUAAAAUAGGCUUAAACACCCCCCCCCUCCUCUCUUUUUUUUUUUUUUUAAAUUUAUUUUAUAUAAGUGGGAUAUAAUAAACAGUUUUUAUCAUAUAUGUGACAGUAAAUUGUUAAUAUUUUAUGAACUAUGUUAUAAAGUCCACUUUUUGAAGUCAUUUUCUUGUGUAUCUUUGUUAAGAUGUCCACUUUAUUUUCUCUGCCUUCAAAAUUGAAUAUCUUUUUUUAUAGUUGACCCCAGAUAAUAAAUUUGGUAUAAAAAUUUGUCAUUUAAUAUUCUCUAUAUAAUAGAAUUAAUUUGGUUUAAAAAAUAAAAGUUUAAAUUUUUUAUGA